AUGAGUUAGCUGCUGGAAAGUAAUUUGUUUGAAUUUAUUUAGGCUUAAUCUAACAAUUUAUAAGAGAAGGAGAUGAAAAAUAGAGUGAAUAAAUUAGUCGUUAAGUAAUGUAAAAACAUCCUGUUGUUUAUUUAUGUAAAUGUUCUGAGAUUUUAGAUGAAGUACUUAUUAAAUUUAUUUUUAGAUGACUGAUAUUAAUAAUGAAUAUAUUAGAGUAUUAAGAUUAACACUCUAAGUUGCUGGAUUAUUAACUAGAACAGAAGAUGCUAAAUUAGCAGUCAUUCAAUGUACAUAAGUCUUAAAACGAAUUAUUAAUCGAAUACUUAGUCAACCAUAAAUUUCAGAAGAACUAAAUUAAUUGCUGACUGAUAUCCAUAUUAAAUUAAUGGAUAUUUUUGAUGAAUUGAUCAUUAAUCAUAUAUCUGAUUUUUUUGAAUCAGGACGUGUUCCUGAAAUAGUUAUUUUGAAGAUCAUUUAAUAGAUAUUUGAAUCUCAAAGUAAUGUUUUAAUUAAGAUUAUUUAGGUAAAGAAUACUUUAGACAAUUUUCAUAUGAAAUCUUACAAAAAAUCCUAUCCUCUCUUUCUCUUGUUAAAACUGAUUAAUGUAGAUUAGAUUAUUGCUCAUUGUUAUAAUCAAUAUAUAAGACACUCAAUCAUUUUGAAGAGAAUUAGAUUUAAAUAAAUUAAGAAUAGGUAUAAAAUGUGAGUUGGUUGAUUUUCGAUUAAAUUAUAAAAGAUUGGAUGUAGACAACUACAUAACUUUAAGUUUUAUCAUUAGUAGGAUUCAUGAGUUAAUUUAUAUCUAGAGAAAGAUUAGAACGUAGUCUUGAACGAUUGACAUCAGUAUAUUUAAGUGUAUUGAAACAAAAGAACAAUUAAUUAAGACCAUUAUUUGAAGGUUUUAACAAAUUCUUAGAGAGAUUAUAUUAAUUAGAUAGAAUUGGAUAUGAAGGAAUCAUUAAAUCAAUAAUGGUAUCAUUAUAUGAAUUUUACAAAAAUCCUAUUUUCUCUCCUAAUUAUCCAUUCGAUCCAAAUGUUCUAAAGUAUAAGAAUGAUUUAUUGACACUUUUAUAAACAGUAUCUAAGUUUAAUAUUGAUAAUUGUUUAGACUUAUUUAUUGGAAGAAUAAAUGUAUAUGUAUAAAAUUAUUUUAUAGAGUAAAGACUCUAUAGAGAGAGUUUCAUGUCUUUGGAUUUGCAAUUUCAUUCUAUCUAGAAAUUUCAAGCAGAUCUCAGAACCAUAUAAAAGACAAUUGGUUUUAUAAUUAUUGAAUUUGUAAUUUGAAUAAGAUUGUGAAGUACGUUAUGCUAUUUGUGAAAUUAUCCUACAAAUAUAUUAUAAAUUAAAAGAUGAAGAAUAACCUAUCAAUUAAACUUAUUUAGAUGUUAAAGCUUUACUUUUUUAUCUUUUUAAUCAAGUCUCAAUUCAUGAUAAAGAAUUGGAAGAAUAUGGAAAAUAAAGAGUAGUUCCAUUUGAAACAACUUUAGAAGUAAGAAUCAUAUUUAUAUUUUGAAAGCUAUUGAAGAGUAGAGCAUAAAAAAUAUUGACAACACUUUCAUAAGAUCAAUACUUUUAUGAUUUAUUAUGGCCUAUGGGAUUAGAAAUUAUUAAUAAUCAAAAAUUUUCUCCUGGAUUAUCUCAUAUUUUUAAAUGUUACACUUAAAUCUUAUAAAAAUUAAAUAUUACAACACACAAUUCUCCUGUUGCUUAACAUGUUAUAGUUGUAAGAAUGCUAUUACUAAUAUAAAUUCCUUAUUUCUUUCCAAAUUUAGGAUAUGAAGCCGUUAAUUUCCUCCCUUAUUUAAUUAAAACAUUUGACUUAAAAGUACCAAGUAGUUUUCAUUAAAAUACUGAAUCUUUAAAAUAAUAUUUGAUAAAUAAAAGACCGUUAGAUGAAUUUUAUGAAGAGAAAGUAUAACAAAUUUGGAAAGUGUGUUUAUCAUUGUUCAUAUAAAAUAAAGAGCUCUCUUAAAUAGAAGAAGAUUUCCAAGUUUAACUUAGUAUGUACUUAAAUUCACAAGCUUUAAGAUUGCCAAUUAUGAAAAUGUAAGCAACCUUAAUGAGCUUUCUUACAAACUAAGAAACUAUCAAAUAUAAUUUAGACAAAUUAUUUAGUAUAUGUCAUCAAGAAUAUACUAAUCAAGCUCUUAAUCUAAAUGUUUCAGUAUAGGAACCAGAUUUCAAUCUUAGACUUUGUGUAGCUGAAUGUUUUGGUUAUAUAGGAGAGAGACAUACAUAAUUAGUAUUAGAUAAAGUUAAAUCUAUCUUAAAUUGUGAAGUUAUACAAAAGAAAAAUACAGGUUCUUUUAAAGAAAGUGUUUUAUCCAUUUUUCAAAAAAGUGGAAGUGAUGAAUAUUUGGCCUCUUUUCGUGCUACACUAUUAAUUGCCUAUGGUUGUCUAGCCAAAUAAGUUUCUUUAGAAAUCUUAGAGAAAAAUAUAUUACCUAAUGUUAUGCCAUUUAUUGGACAUGAUUAAUUAUUCAAUUCUCUAUAAAUAUCUUUAGAAUCAAUCAGCAAAGCGAUUGAAAGAUCAAUAGAAAAUACUGAUGAAGCAGCAGCAUCCUCAUUUUUAUUGAGUUAUUAAAAAUAUAGAGACUAAGUUUUAAAUCAUUGUUAAAAACAUCUCACUAGAGGAAAUAUAUUUAGAAAUCUUAAUACAAUCAAUCUAUAAUAUCGUUUAGCACCUAUCGAAUAUAAUAAAGCUAAACAAUUAUUAAGUUAACAUUUAGAAUCAAAAUAUGAUCUAUCAAUCGAAUAAGUCAAUAUCACAUUCUAAAAUUGUUUUUUAUUGUUUCUAGGAACUAUUAAAUUAGAAGAAGAUUCUCAACAUAUUUCUGUAUGGUAAUCUCUAUUGUAUUUAAUUAAAUCAAUUAAGAGUAAUGAUUAAUUAAUUGAAAUUUUAUAAAGAAGUAUAUAGAGAGUAAAAUUAAAAAUGGAAUAAAACCAUAAGAAUUAUUUUAAAGUAAUUUUAACAUUGCUCUCCAUAUUAUAUCGUAAUACAAGUUCAAAAAGAUCUGUAGUUUUGAUAUUAGAAAAGGUUAUGUUAUCCUUGGGAGUUUAUUUAGACAUUUAUUAAAAAACUGAUGAUGAAUUUAAUUCUUAAUUGAUCAAAUCUUUAAGAGAAAAAUUGCAUCUUAAUGAAUUAUCAAUCUUAAUGUAGGAAUUAUAAAAUCUCAUCAGUGAACCUAUAGUAGAAUCAUUACAUGGUUUUGUUUCUCUAAUAUAAUGCAUCUAUUAAAGUGAUUACAGUGAUUUAAAUAGAGUUUUGAGUUUAUUGUAAUCAAUUUGCUAAUAAGGUACUGGAUCAUCUUCAGAAGAGUUAAUGUAAAGAUAGUAUUUCUAUAUAAUAGUAAUUCUAAUUUAAGCAAGGCAAUGGAUUUAUUAGCUUAAAAUAAUUUGAGUGAUUCUUUGUAAAUACUUUUAGAUAAUUAAUCAGAAUUUCCAGUGGGAACAUUUUCAAAAUUAUUUUUAAAUUGUGUGAGUUAGAAGAAACCAUUUAUGGUAUAAAGUUUUAAAUUUUUAACAGAUGUUUUAAAUAAUCCAGAAGGAAGUAUUUAAAUUAUAAUAUUUUUUUAGUAAUUACUGGAGAUAUUGGAAAUUAUUUAGUUAAUGCUUCUUUAUUUAUAGGAUAAUUGUUAAUUGAUGAAAAUAAAAUCUUGACUGAGAUGUUACCAAAAUCGAUGGCAAGUAUUUUAGGUACUUUCUUGUUAAGAUUUAUGACUUGUCAUGAUCCAAAAUUAUCUGGAUAAUCUUAAUCAGUUUAAACUGCCAUAUGGGCAUUUUAAAAUUUUUUGAAUAUUUGCAAUAUUGAAGGAAUAUCAUAGCAUGUAUUCAAAAAAUUGUUAAUUGAAGAAGAAGUUGAAGAUGGUGUAUAAGAGAUUGUAAUGAUAUAUUGUAAAGGGGUUUCAUUUUCAGAUUAGUAGAAACUAUUUAAUUUUAUUAAGGGAUUUACUAAUAAAGAAUAAGCAUCAUAUAGAUUAGGAGCAAUAGUUGUUAUAAAUUAAUUCAUUAGAAGUUAUAAGAAAGAAUACGCACAAUAGAAUAUUUAUGAGAAUCUAUUGAAAACUCUAUUAGAAUCUGCUGAAGAUGAUAGUGAUAAUGUAAGAGCUUAAGUAGCAAUUGGAUUGGGAGGAUUAUCAUACUAUUUAAAGGCAGAUGAAACAAUUGAUAAAGUACUAUUAUAGGAGAUUAUUGAAUGUCUCAUAAGUUUAUUAGAUGAUUAAUAAGAAAUCUGUGUAAGGAGUGCCAUGAUUAGUUUAUAGAAUUUGGUUGAUUCAUAAACAGAUUUUGUUGCAUAUAUACCUUAAUUGAUAUUAACAACAACAUCUAAUUUUGAGAAAACAAUGACAAAGAUCAGAAUAUCUGCAUUCUCUCUUUUCUCAAAAUUAUGUAAUACUUGUUUUGUAGAGGAUAUAAUGAAUGAAUAAAUUAUGUCAUAUAUAAGAUAAGCAUUAGUUUCAGUUAUGCUUCAUUUAUUAGAUGAAAGUGUUCAAGUCAGAUAAGUAUGUAAACUGGCUUUAGAAUCUAUUGGCAAUUUACUUUAAGCUCCACAUCUCAAGUAAAUAGAUUUUAUAUUAAAUCUAGAUAAUUAUCUAACAAUGAAAUUGAAAGUGAACUUGAAAUGACUCAUUUAGAUGAAAAUGAAAUGAUCAUUAUGAUAAUGAGUAUCAAUUUAGAAUAAGAACAUCUAAAUGUAUAAUUUAAUCUUUAUAUUCUUUUUUUAGAUCUACAUCAAAUCAUUAAUUGAGUUUUGCAAGAGUCCAGAACAUAAUAUAAAGGGAGCUGCUUUAUUUAGUUUAAUUAUUUUGUUAGCAUUUAGAGAAGUUGGAGAUUAUAGACCACAAAUAGAAUAAUUAUGUAAAGAGAAUAGCAAAGCUAAAUUAAUUACAAAAUAAUUAGUAAUGAAGGCAGCAUACUAUUUAUGA